AUGGUGAAUCAUAGUGCAAACCUUGAAAGACAAAAUAUGUUUUAUUUCCCUAGUGUCCUGAAAACCAUUAAUCCUGUACCUUUUCGGUGUUUUCUGAUCAUCCUCCUUUGUCACCUUGCUGAUGCCGCCCCUCCAUAUUGGAAAUGCUCAAAUGUUAGUUAUACAGAUAACAGUCGGUUUCAUAAAAACCUAGGCGAUCUUCUCAUUUCGUUACCUUCGAAUGCUUCUGUUUCCAAGUAUUACAAUACGUCCACUGGAAAUGAUCCUGACAGAGUAUAUGGCCUCUAUAUGUGCUUUGACUAUGUCGCGAAUGAAAUGUGUCGGCGCUGCAUAAACACCGCGCAAUCAGACAUGCUGAUGCUUUGUCCACACUCAAAAGAAGCGGUUGUGUGGGAGGAUUCCUGCCUAUUGCGCUACUCCAAUGAGAAUUUCUUCGGCAGAUUGAAUGUAAGGGACAACAUCGCCGAUGAGAAUUCACAGAAUAUUUCAGACCCGAAAAAGUUUGAGUCUGUUUUGAAUGAGACGUUGAAUCGCCUCGCUAAGCAAGUGGCUUAUAAUCUCUCUGCUGCUGAGAUGCAUGCUACUGAAGAAGUAGCUUUUGAAGAUAAACUGAUAUAUGCUUUUGUGCAGUGCACUACCGACUUAUCUAGAGAUGACUGUGAUAAAUGCCUUUUGAGAGCCAAAGAAGACGUUUUAGCAUUGUAUUAUUUCUCCGUUGGUGCAAGACUUAUGAGUCGUAGUUGCUAUCUGAGGUUUGAGUUAUAUGCCUUCUAUACUGCCGUAGCAUCCGAAGCUUCUGCGCCUCGCUCUCCAAAUAAGAAUGGUAGCAGCAGGAAAAUAUUGUUGAUCACAAUCCUUACAGUUGUGUCAGCAUGCCUGGCAAUACUACUUUUGGGUUCCUGUGUCUAUCUUGCAGUGAGAAAAAGAAAUAAAGAAGGAAGAAAUUAUCGAAAAGCACAGGACCCCUAUAUCAGUUUGGCAGCUAUACAUGCAGCUACUUCCAACUUCUCUGAUUCAAAUAAGCUUGGAGAAGGUGGUUUUGGUCCUGUUUACAAGGGUAUACUAAAUGAUGGAAGGGAAGUGGCAAUCAAAAGGCUUUCAAGCUUGUCCGAGCAAGGUUUAGAGGAAUUCACAAAUGAAGUUCUACUGAUAAUGAAACUUCAGCACAAAAAUCUUGUCCGGCUUUGUGGUUUUUGCGUAGACGGAGAGGAGAAGCUCCUUGCAUAUGAAUUCAUGCCAAAUAGCAGCCUAGAUGUCAUCCUCUUUGAUUCAAAGAAACGUGCACGACUUGAUUGGAGCCGGCGCAUUAGCAUUAUCAGUGGGAUUGCAAGGGGGAUUCUUUAUUUGCAUGAGGACUCUCGACUUAGAAUCAUCCAUAGAGACCUUAAAGCUAGCAAUAUAUUAUUAGACAAUGACAUGAAUCCAAAGAUCUCAGACUUUGGCAUGGCAAGGAUCUUUGUAGGAAGUGAAGGAGAAGCUAAUACUGCUACAAUAGUUGGCACUUAUGGAUAUAUGGCUCCAGAAUACGCAAUGGAGGGACUAUACUCCGUGAAGUCCGAUGUUUUUGCCUUUGGAGUACUCUUGAUUGAGAUCAUAACUGGGAGAAGGAACGCUGGCUUUCAUCUGAUAAAACGCGUUCCUAGCCUCAUAGCAUAUGCAUGGCAAUUAUGGAAUGAAGGAAACGGGCUAGAGCUGAUGGAUCCGUUACUGGUUGAUUCAUGUGACGCCGAUGAAUUUUUAAGAUAUCUCCAUAUUGGAUUGUUGUGUGUUCAAGAAGAUGCGGAUGACAGGCCAACCAUGUCUUAUGUUGUUGUCAUGUUGAAAAGUGAAACAGUAACUCUUAGCCCACCUGAAAAACCUGCUUUCUCUACAGGAAGGUUUGCUGAUCAUUGUGAGAUGAGGGCUGAUCAUAUUAUCUCAAUCAAUGAACAAUCAGUUUCUGAUGUUGUGCCACGGUAAGGGGAGCUGAUCCGUGGAGCUAUGCAUGGAAAUCGUGAUGCUGGCCAAGCACCAAGUUUAAUUUGUGUAUCUGCUGUUGACUUAAAGCAUUUCAUAGAGAGACCACAAGUUAAAUGAUGAUGUAUCAAAUAAAUUUUGAAUUGCAAUUGAACAAUAUAUCUUCUC